GACUGGAGGCAGAGUGUAGCUACUCCUCUUCCCCACGCCAACGGAGAAGCCGAAAACUAGGAGACGAGGAGGGUUUGUGCAUGCAAUUUUUAAAUCAUAUUUAAAAACCGAUUUCUACAAUCUAGGCCUCGAGGUGUAAAUGAUUUUGGAAGAAAGUGCGAAAGACUAGUAGAAAACCAGACGGGUGCCGCGCGCACUACUGCAUCCUCCCUCUCCAUCUCUAUCUCAUCUCUCCUCCUUUCUGGCUCUGCGCUUUUAGAAGAUUCCCGGCUCUCCCCAUCCUGAAUAUUCUUAGUGACUGAUCAGUUACUGAAAGCCGUGAGCUGAUCUUCUUCUUUUGUCGGAGUUUGAACCACAUUUCCGAGCUGCUGGAAGUAUACCGCCAGAGCCCCUGAGAGCUGGCUGGACUCGGUAGCUUUCGUCUCCCCGAUACAAGCGGACCAUCGAGUGGACCUUUGCGCGGAGUCAAAAGGACUGGAAAUUAUUUAGCCCUCUCACAUCAACGUACCGCAUGGUGGGAAUUUCUGCCUCUUUUCAGUAUCGCACUGGGAAGCACUCCACCAUGCCCGACUCACCUGCGGACGUCAAAACACAGUCCAGGUUGACUCCCCCUACCAUGCCGCCCCCACCCAGCACGCAAGGAGCACCCCGUAACAGCUCCUACACCCCCACCACAUUAACUAAUGGCAGUAGCCACUCACCUACGGCACUCAACGGUGCUCCAUCCCCUCCAAACGGCUACAGCAAUGGCCCUAGCUCCUCCUCCUCGUCCUCGCUGGCCAACCAGCAGCUGCCGCCGGCCUGCGGCGCCCGGCAGCUCAGCAAGCUCAAGCGCUUCCUCACAACUCUACAGCAGUUUGGCAACGACAUCUCACCUGAAAUCGGCGAGCGGGUCCGCACAUUAGUGCUAGGACUAGUGAAUUCCACGCUAACCAUCGAAGAAUUUCACUCCAAGCUCCAAGAAGCCACCAACUUCCCUCUGCGACCUUUUGUCAUUCCCUUUCUGAAGGCCAACCUGCCGCUCCUUCAGAGGGAGCUGCUGCAUUGUGCCAGACUGGCCAAGCAGAACCCAGCUCAGUACCUGGCCCAGCAUGAGCAGCUGCUCCUGGACACCAGCACCACAUCCCCAGUGGACUCCUCCGAACUCCUGCUGGACGUCAACGAGAACGGCAAGAGAAGGACGCCAGACAGAACCAAAGAGAAUGGCUUUGAGCGAGAUGGUGCCCUGCAUCCAGAUGUUCACCCUAGCAAGCGGCCCUGCACCAUAAGCCCUGCCCAGCGCUUCAGCCCAUCCAAUGGGAUCUCCUACCAACCCAAUGGCCUGCCCCACCCGGGCCCGCUCCCUCCACAGCACUACAGGCUAGACGAUAUGGCCAUUGCCCAUCACUACCGUGACAGCUACAGACACCCCGCCUCCAAUCAUCGUGAGAUCCGGGAGAGAGCCAGACCUAUUGGUAUGCAUGCAGGGACCAGGCAGGAGGAAGUGAUUGACCACAGGCUGACAGACAGAGAGUGGGCUGAGGAGUGGAAGCACCUUGACCAUGUAAGAAAAUUGCUGAACUGUAUCAUGGACAUGGUGGAGAAGACAAGGCGCUCACUGACAGUACUGCGGCGGUGCCAGGAGGCCGACCGCGAGGAGCUCAACUACUGGAUCCGACGAUACAGCGAUGCUGAAGAGCUAAAGAAGGGUGCCACGAGUGGGCAGUCAAGGCAGCAGAGCCCAGCCGCACAGGAAAAUGCAACAUCAGAAAUUCACAGGGAACUGCUGCACCGGCCUGUGUCUGGCUACGUUCCUGAAGAGAUCUGGAAGAAAGCUGGUACGGGAGGGUUGACUUCCUCUGUGUCCACACUCUUUCCAGAAGAGGCUGUGAAUGAGGUGAAGCGACAGGCCAUGUCAGAGCUGCAGAAGGCUGUAUCAGAGGCUGAACGAAAGGCUCAUGAGAUGAUCAGCAGCGAGCGGGCCAAAAUGGAGCGUACGGUAGCCGAGGCCAAGCGACAGGCAGCUGAGGAUGCGCUCUCCAUAAUCAACCAACAGGAGGACUCCAGUGAGAGUUGCUGGAACUGUGGCCGCAAAGCCAGUGAGACGUGCAGCGGCUGCAACACGGCGCGCUAUUGUGGCUCCUUCUGCCAGCAUAAGGACUGGGAGAAGCACCACCAUGUCUGUGGUCAGACCCUCCAGGCGCAGCAGCAGCAGCAAGCCAGCCAGCAGCAGGGCAGCGUCCCAGGUUCAGAGACCCCUGCUCCUAUUAGCUCUGCCUGUACUCCGAGCAGCGGAACUGGGAGUCCGGCUGCCACUCCGCCUGCUGCUACCACUCGCUCCUCUACCCCCAGCACCCCGUCCUCCUCUGCCCUGGAUGGCACACCGCGCUAAGAGACUCAGACAGAAGAUGGAGGCAAAUGCCUCCAGGGGCUUUACAGCCAGCCCUCAACCCCACAAACAGCAUGACUGUUUACAUUGCCUUGCAAAGAUACUAAGCUAACGUGGCUAACAGAAAGAGGUCUUCUGUCUAUCUUGCAGCAUAGUCAUAGAAGGAGGAGGAGGAGGAGGAGGAGGAGGUCCAUAAUCAGGUCAUAUUGACUUGCCAUGACUUUAAAGAUACACAAAGAUAUUCUUUGUUUUGAAUGAAUGAAUUUAAAUAUUGAUAUCCUUUUAUCGUUACACUUGCUAUUCUUGUUGUCUGUUUGUCGUGGUGCCUGUUGUUGUUAACGUUGUUGUCAUCGUAGCUUAUCUUAUUUUUUCCUGUAAAUAAUAAAAGACUGAGCAGAGAUAGCCGUGAACUCGAGAUAAGUAUAUCUGACCUCCCCUUUUUUUAAAUGUUUUUAUUUUCCAUCCUUGAAUUAAUGCUUAUUUCCUUCCUGUACCUGGGACAUGAGACUAGUCAACCCCAUUUUACCAAACAGCAUACCAAGUGAACAUAUGUAGCUAGAAUGACUGAAGUAAUCAAUACUCUUUCUAAAGAAAGACAUUAGAUUUCCUGACAGGCACACCAACGGGUGGAUAGAUAAACAAGUUUUGCUGCCUGGAGAGAGGAGGGGGAUGGAUUGAAUCUCUGGCCCACAGACCGCCACGAACUGGGCAGAUGUGCAGCAGAUUGCAAGCAGAGCCAGCUGUUCAACCAAUGUUAUUUCCCUCUCACUUGUAAUAAUAUCCAGGUCAGUGGGCUGGGAAAUACAAAUCUGUCUCCCUGAAGGAUGUAAAAGAAGAAUUCUUGGACAAGAUACAAACUUUGCCCACCGCACAUGUGGAGAAUGUACUGACUGCAAUUCGCAUGUGCAUGCUUGGUGGGUCAUAGAAGCAUUCAAACAGGAAGUGAUGUCAUCAUCCCUUACCGGUGAGACUGUCAAAUCACUACAACAGCAGCUGCUGGGCCACUCAGAGCUGAAAAGCUACAGAACUCAGUAUGGAGCUCAUUCUGCAGCCGAGGCGCUCCCCUCCUGUCUCACCUUUGAAAAACAUUUUCAUCUUUCUUCAUGUUCUUAUUCUUUUUCUGUAGAUGUCAUGGUGUUUAAGACUUCUGUCCUGUGGUGUCACCAAUGGUUAUUUAUUGUAUAUGUGUUGGGCAAUUGUGACAAUGCAUAGUACUUCAACCAGUCACAACUCUAAGUCCUUCAUAAAUCUCUCUCGCUAGCUGGUGCAAAAAGAGAUAAAAAAAAAAGAAGUGUUAUCUUUUUUCCAAGCUGCUUUUCUAUUCUGUGUGUAAGUGGUAGAUCCCUCGUAGUUCUAUAAGUUUUACUUCCCUUUGUCCUCAAGAAAAGACACAAGCUAUAUCUCAGAGCUGCUACUUGAGUCUGACCCAGAUCUUUUCUGAGAACUAGCAUGUUGCGCGGAAUGCUAACCUAAAUGUUUUGUACAAGGGACAUACAUAAAUGUAUUUGCACUGUCACAGAGGUUAUUUCGGCAUGCUUCUUUUCAGCAUAGACCUACUUGUGUUGUUGGUAUAGAGCCAUAAUUCAUCAACCAUUUUGUAUGUAGUGAUAGAAUUAUCUGGUUUUACAUUCUUUGGGAUGGGGGUAGUUGGAAAAAUAUAAAAUCACCAAACCCACUUUUUUUUCCUUCUCAAUAUGCUAACAAAGCGGCCAUAAAAAUGUUUUUUUUUUUUUUAAUAGUUACAGACAGUGCAUGCACAUUACUGAACGUUUGUUAAAUAUUUGUUAUUUUUUAGAAAAACUGGAAAAACAACCAAAAAAAGUAAAAAAAAUACAAAAAAUAUUCUAACAAACUAACUUUCCAAAUGCAGAGGUGUAGAGUCCGAUUGACAGCUUUAACACUGCAAAGCACCAGGUAAAACACAGUAUUAACACAAGAGAUAAACAAAAAAAACACCAAAAACAGCCAAAGACUGACACCAAGGACCAAAAUCCUGAUUUAAACGAUUUUCAAAAGAGGUUUGUUCACACAAAUAUUUGGUUAUUUAUUUCUGCAGAUUUUGUUCACCCGUUCAUGGGACAAAACCAACUUCAGUGUCAUAAAAUUCCCACCCCAACAGCACUCGUCAUUGUGAAAUGAGAAGGUGUGAAUUAAACAUAAUGAACAUUUCACAGCAGUGUUACAUUUUAACUGGAGCAAUAAUAACUAAUGUGACAUGAACACUGAUGACUUCUGUAGGCAUUUUUGAAGAAAAUCUUUGAGAUAUUUUUUGAUCUUGUUUGUACAUUUUCUCAUUACACAAGUGUCAGAUGCCCAUUUCCGCUUUAAGCAGCAAGAGGUGAAUGUGAGACUGGGCUUUCACACCAAUGCCAUUUGCAGUUGUUUUAUAUUUAUUUAUAUCAAAGUAUGUCAUUUUUGCUGUUGGGAUAGAUAAUCAGUUGGAGCUUUGUUGUAAACCUUCAAUGUAAAUCAAACAAACCUCUCAUUCGCAGUAAGAGAGCACUUACCCUGACGCACACAAAGGCUUUUCACCCCAAACACCUUGGUGCUACACAGAAGCGCGUUACAAAUUCUGACCUCAAGGAACAAGUGGAGGCCCACAAAGGUUCCGGGCUGUUUGCUCCCUCUGUACUUCCUCAUCUCUCCCUUCUUGUCUAAACAAAAUACACACCUGCAUUCAUGACUCUAAAGGGUUAAACAAUCCAAAAAGGUGUCUGACACCCUACUAGCGACUCCUUAGAAGCUGUGACGAAACAGCCAAGCUGUUUUAACACUAGUGUAUUUGAAAGUAUACAACAAAUAACAUGUGUGUUCAUCAUUAUCAGGGCAAAAAAACCUGGGUUAAAAAAAAGAGAAAAAAACAAAGGCAAACAUUAUCGCUCAAUGAUUCUUUGAGAAGCUCUAUUUUUUCUUUCUUCCCUCUUCUAUGUGUGUUUUGCUACAAAUUCCUCGGUGGCAAACAAGUCUCACUCUACCUCUUACAGCACGAUAAGAGCAUCAGUCGCGGCGCUGAUACUGGUCUAGUCUAAACCAAAUGGGCACAAGAGAACAGGAAAAUAAAAAACCCAAAGUCGAAGCUCAUACAGCUGCAAAACCAUAUCACUACUUGGUAACAAUGCAGACCUCAUAAAUAAAUAAAACAUAAAUGAAUAGAAAUGAGAAAAAAAAAUUUUUGUUAUGUUCCUUUAUGCCUGUGGCGUUUCUAGAGUACAUCAAGAGUUUGAAUAGUUUGAACAGAUUUUAAAAAUUGUGCUAAUUUUAAAGAAAAGUGUCGAUUCCUAUUUCGACGAUACAAGCUAAGGUCACAGUUAAGAAAUGUUGUUUCUCUCUCGCUCUCCUGUUUCCCCUCCGCCCUUUUCUCCUCUUCUCUGUUGUGAAGACAUGCUAAAGUGCUUGUCGAACUCGUCAGCGGGGGUAAAUUCAGAAGGGGGCAUAUACAAAAGGCAAAGCUUGUAAAAUCUAAAAUUUAAAAAAGUGAAGGCUAUGAAUUUAGACAUGCCUGUUUUUUUCACAAUAGGAGAAAAUGUUAUUUAAAUUUCCUACUUAUGAAGAAACAAUGGGGAAAUGUGUGGGGAAAACAGUGAAGGCCGUAGCAUUAAUCUGGGGGAGUGAGCUGAACUUCAGGGGUGGGAGGGUUUCGUUUUUUGCGUUCUCUUGAGAAAUUUUAUUGUGGAAAAAAGAGCUCAAAUGAUUUGAAGUUGUUGUGCAAUACUUAAUUGAGACAUGAAAACCACAGGUUAGUGGUAGGCUGACACUGGGCGGUCUUUCCAUCGCCUAGGGUCAGUGUCCUCUAGAGAGCUUUCCAGUCUACUAUGUCAGAACUGUGGUUUCUUGUUGAUUUUUUUCUUUUUGUUUUCUUUUUUUUUAAUUCUUUUUUUGGGCUGUAAACUAUGGUCUGUCAGUCUGUGAAACUUUGCAGUAUAAUUCUGGUAUUGUUGUUCUCUUAACGGUGUAAUAAAUAUGUUAAUACCUGA